UAACAAAUCAGCGCGAGGAAUUUGAACGACUGCUGGCUUCCUGACGGCACAUCGGGCCGUAGACAGUUUCUUGGGUACCAGGACUUUGGCUGCUGCGAGUUAUUGGAUUGAUAACAUAAAUGGUGUAAGCUUUACAGGAAUGGAGGGGGGCAGCAUAGAAGUGGGAAACCAGAAGCAAAACAUCCAUGUGGAGGUCCAUGUUAAAUCUCACAGCACAGUCGAGCUGUCUGAUGUGAAGAUACAUGUCAUGGCUCUACUGAAUCGCCACAGCAUGGUUUUUGGAAACUACAGAUGGACAGAUUUUGAUGACGACUUCCUGCAGAACCACGUGGAAUCUGUGGCUCUGGUUGAUAUUGAGGAAAUGGUAACACAGCCCCUAGAUCUGAAGAGCUGCUCUGUCUCCAUUCACAUCUUCACUCUUAAUGAGGAUGGACCGAGCACGCUCAGUUUGGAGGAGGAGGAGGACCUUUCAGCAGCCAAUCACUGGUUGCUGCCAGCAGCUGAGUUCCAUGGGAUCUGGGAGAGUCUGGUAUAUGAGAGUGGAGUCAAAACUCAGCUCCUGGAUUACGUCACAACAACAAUUUACUUCUCCAACAAGAAUGUGGACAGCAACCUGAUUUCGUGGAACCGUGUUGUGCUGCUUCAUGGACCCCCGGGCACAGGGAAAACGUCACUUUGCAAAGCCCUUGCUCAGAAGCUCUCAAUCAGACUGUCAAGUCGGUAUUCUUAUGGGCAGUUUGUCGAGAUAAACAGCCACAGCUUGUUCUCAAAGUGGUUCUCAGAGAGCGGUAAACUGGUCACGAAGAUGUUUCAAAAGAUCCAACAACUGAUAGAUGACAAAGAUGCUCUUGUGUUUGUUCUGAUUGAUGAGGUGGAGAGUCUGACAGCAGCUCGGAAUGCCUGCCAAGCGGGAACAGAGCCAUCUGACGCCAUCCGAGUGGUCAACUCCGUUCUCACUCAGUUGGACCAGAUCAAGCGACAUUCCAACGUCGUGAUCCUGACGACCUCCAAUGUGACAGAGAAGAUAGACUUGGCGUUUGUGGACCGAGCUGACAUCAAGCAGUACAUCGGACCUCCAUCUGAGAACGGCAUCUACAACAUCUACCUCUCCUGCCUGGAGGAGCUGAUGAAGUGCCAGAUCAUCUACCCCCGGCAGCAGCUGUUCACCAUAUUUGAGCUCGAGACGAUGGGCUUCGCAGAGAGUGAGGUUUCUGAGCACAGCCUGAACCUGAGGAGCAUUGCUAUAAAAAGCAAAGGUUUGAGUGGCAGAGCACUCAGGAAGUUACCUUUUCUAGCCCACGCACUGUUUGUAAAGACGCCAACAGUGACUCUUGAGAGGUUUCUAGAGGCUUUGGACCGAGCGGUCGACAAGCAGAAGGAGGAAAAUGCCAGCCUGGUCAAUGGUAUCUGAAGGUACAAUGCCCAAAGGCUGACACAUGAUUGGUCACGAGCUCUCAAAUCCCCAUGCCUUGUUUGUUUGUAGCUUUGAAAACUACAACUACCAUUUUUUAUAUAAAGCUUAAUCAGUUCAUUUGGCAGCACUAUGUUGAAUAAAUUGUGACGUUCUAAUAAAUGCUGUCUUUAACGUAACUCGUCAUUCAGGUAAUUUUCUUGGUGCCACUACCUAAAAAUGAACCAAAUCCUUGUCGGCUUCAGGACAGGCAGUUUGGUUUAAGAUGGAGUUCCUGAUUCUUCAAUUCUCUAUGUGCCAUUAACCCAAGUGUUUACUCUGUUCUUAGUUUCAAAGUGAUGUGUUUUAACAUGAAGCUUUAACCUUAACAGUGCCAGCUUCUUUUUGUUCUCGUGCUUCAGGGAUAGUUUUUCCUUGUGUUGAUGUCACUACAUACACAUGAACUCAGUCUGUGGAUUUUGUUGCUGGUAUCCUAUUAAAAGGGCAGCUUGUCAGACAGAAAUGAAAAGCAGUUGACCUUCAUCCCGUCUCCUGUAAGUUAUCUGGAAAAGUUUGAGUAAAACCAGAGAGCCCCACAAAUAUAAAAUUUGCAUUUGCAAAUCUGGAGGUAAAACGGGCUGUUCCUGCUUUUAUUUGAAGUGCAAUUGUGAAGAUAACACAUUACUCACUUACAAGGCGGACUCCUGCAUGGUAACUCAAAGUGAUAUAAUGUCUGACUGUGUGUUUGCACAUGGCUGCCACCAAUUUGACCUCAAAACAAAACUGUCAGUUUUGAAAUGUAUCGGUCGUACGCGCAGCUUACAUGAACAGAUCAGUGCCUCCAUUGCUCAUAUGAACAUGUUUUGCAUUCUGUGAAUGCUCUGCUGCUUUGCACGUCAGCUGCCGGCUUCAAACAAUGUGCCCUUCGUAUGUUGUUGGACGAGGUGGAUUCUGGAGGCUGUUCCUGAAUCUUUCACUCACAUGCUUCGUUCCUGUUCAAACCUAA